GAUUGACAGCUGAGCUUGGGAUUGCUUCUGUGGUUGUGUUUUCGUUCAAGAGCUUUUAGUGAUAAGUACUUACAGCUCGUAUUAUUUCCAGCAGUUCGGUCUCUCAUAUUCGUAAAUCAUAUGUACCUCUUUUAAUUUGUCAGUGAAUAUUCCUCACGUCCUUGUGAAAUGGGACUGCACACCCAUUUCAAGUGCGACUAGUCGUAUCUCUCUCAGCCCGACGUGAAGAAAAUCAUGAUUCAAGAUGAUGAUGGGUGAUCAGUUUAGAAAAGUUGAACAGUAUUCUCCAAAAUCAUCUCCUAGAGGAGCUAGGUCUCCUGUUGUUUCUCGUCAAGAUUCUACUGGAACUCUCAAAACCACGAUUUCACUGGGGAAAAAUCCUUCAAUCGUCCACAGUGGACCCUUUUACUUAAUGAAAGAGCCGCCAGAGGGAAGCGAGCUAACUGGAGCCAAAAAUUUGAUGGCCUAUUAUGGCCUUGAACACUCAUACUGUAAAUUUAGUGGCAAGAAGUUGAAAGAGCAGCUCUCCUCCUUCGUGCCAAAUUUACCAGGCGUAAUCGAUACUCCAGGAAUAGCAGACAACAGCUCAUUACGAUCUGUAAUCGACAAGCCUCCCAUAUGUGGAAAGGAAAUUCUGCCACUUACAAGUAUCCAGCUUGCCGGUUUUAGAUUACACCCUGGCCCGUUACCAGAACAGUAUCGGUAUGUUAAUCAAGCUCCACAGAAGAAACAUAAGAAAGCACACAAAAAGCACAAGUACAAAGGCAACGAUUCAACUUCCCUAGAAGCAAUGGCUAGUGAUGGUGGGGGUGAUACUCACGAAAAGAAACACAAAAAGCAGAAGAGGCAUGAUGAGGACAAGGAGAGGAAGAAGCGGAAAAAAGAGAAAAAGAAGAAGAAACAGAAACAUUCUCCGGAGCAUAACUCCGGGUCCGGUAACAUAACCCCGAAUCUACAAUUCAGUGCCUAGUUACAGACCUUUUAAUUCUUUCUCCUAGCAAAUUGCACCAAAGUGAAUCAAUGGGCUGUUACAAUAAUUUUGUAUCAUGGAAAAGUUUUAGAUUUGUUAAAUGCGCAUGCUUUGUUUUUUGAUGUAGGGACUGCAAACAUUUUCAUUGGUAUGAAGAGGUAUUUUUUCCAAAUUUUCUCCCCGGAAUUCCUGCCCUGGAAUAUUUUAAACAGUGGCAUUCUUUGAUUAUUCAGAGAGGAAUAUUUUGGUCAGCGACGCUGAGUUUACGAUUGUUCUACCUGUGAAUGAAUUAUAUCAGCAGUCUUCAUGAUUUGCCCCUUUUUUGCAGUUUCAUUUAUAUUGUAUAUACCAAAUGGAUAUCCUUUUAAUCUGCACCCUGUAAUAAAAUGCCAGCAUCACUGAUUUCCAGUUUUCUGAUUUUCAUGAACGAAACAUUUCCCACUUAUUUUGCCUCCCUCUACUACUAAAGAAGAAGCAAUGUGGAAUGAUGUUUUAGAUUUGAUCUCUGGUAUGACCAAUGAUCCUAACAUUUAAUUUUUGCCUCUCCAAAGUACAGAAAUUCAUGUAGCAUAAAAAAUGAGUGGAAUUAGUCAAUAUCGAAUCUUGCAGUCUCUACGUCAACAACUUUGUUUUAACAACCAUUGAUCAAGCUCUAGUUUUUUUCUUUUUCUGUUAUUUUCUUCGUUGUUGAGAUAGGCAGAAAUAGAAUGUGGCAGCAGGCAAGACCUGCCUCUCCCUCUUUCCUAGAUUUUGUUUGUCUCAUUAUACAAAAUUAAAAUUAAAGUAAUAUAGUUAAGGAGUGGUGAACAUUUGUCUGUUCAGAGAGAAAACCCCUAUUUCUGCCUAAAGUAAUUGAAGAAAAGUUACCCAGAAAAAUGUCCAUGUAUCAUCUUGUCUAAAUUAUUGGAUGCCAUUAUACUGAAAAAAUCAAUCGGCUUAGAGUUUUCCUAGCAGGUAGAAUUCUUUUAAAUGGAGGGAUUAAACCAAAAUCAGCCCACUUGCUUUUGACAUCGCUGAAUUUCCUUUCAAGUUUUAUUAUUCUAACUAACCGGAAACAAAAUAUGACGCCUUUUAACUUCUGUGAGUCUUUCUUCCAUCAGGAAGAAUGCUCUCUCAAAAUUUCAAGUCAAAAUGCUGCUUGGUUUUCUGUUCGAAAAGUGAAAUAUUGAUGUCCAAAUGCGUUAUCACAUAUCUCCGUUGCGGUGUUCCAAAAUUUCCACUCCCAUUUUCUUCAAAGAGAAAGGAUCUCUAAUUUAUAGCUUGAAAUUUUCACAGUAUAUUCUGCUGACAGAUAAAUUAUCGGGAAAGUUUUCAAGAAAUUAGGUUGAUACGUUUUUCAAAGAAAAAACAAAAUACAACAGAAAGUCUGCAAAGUGGCAAACGGAGAUAUGUGGUCCUGCAUUUUGGCCAUCAAUGUGAGAGGAUAUUAAGUGAUGUCUGAUGUAGUCAGACUGAUUCUGGCUAAAUCCAUCAGAUUCUUCCUGAAACAUUAGUUAAUCAAGGAAAGUUAACUUACUUUUCUGGAGGAGACCUUUUUGACUAACAAGUAAGAAUGUCUCUAUUUUGGAGAGACAAUCAGUUCUUAAUGAUUAUAGUUUAAUUCUUCUGUAUUUUUUCAAGAGUUCAAAAUUCAAUGCUCUUUUGUGCAUAAAGCAUUUUCAAUAAUUUGAUAGUGCUAGUUUUCAGCAGAACAUAAAAAAGCUGUGAUUUAAUUAGUUUAUAAGUGUAAUCCUCUUAUUUUACCAAAAGUUUUACUAAUUAACUGUUAGUUGUAAGGUCCUGUCCCUCACUAAUGUAAUAGGAUCUAAAGACUCCCAGAAAGUCAUUAGAGAAUUUUUGUAAGAAGAUGAUUCGUUACCUGAUCCAGUUGUAGUUAUAUUGGCAAGAGGUAUAUCGAUAGUGAAACUCCCUGACCGCAUACAUCGUUUGCAGUGUUUUAAAAUCUCCCCUCCUAUUAUAUUUUUUCAAAGGUGAACGAAUUAUUAUCAUUCCUGGAAGUAUUCGCGGAAUUGCAUCUGCGCAGAGAAGGAAAA